CGCGUAUCAUCCUUCCAUCAUCAGCCCAUAUUUUCCAUCGAUGAAACGAAAACAAAGUCCAGAACUUUACUUCAAGCCUCCAUCAUCACCGCGAUGGAGACACUCAACCUGCCCUUGGUACUCUUCGUUUCUACGUUUAUCCUACUAGUCACUCUCGUCUCCUCAUCCUUCUCUCCCAUCGACCACUACCUCAUCAAUUGCGGGUUCCACGGCAGCGCCGUCGACCUCGACCACCGCCGCUUCGACGGGGACGGGCCAUCGAACUCCAAUUCGAUCCUGCUUUCUCCUUCAAAGUCGGUCUCACUAGCCGACUCGAACCCUCUUCCCGGGUCAUCCCCGAUCUACCACACGGGUCGGGUCUUCACCCAACCAUCGAAGUACGUUUUCCGCAUCAGAGAUCCGGGUGCUCAUCUGGUACGCCUCCAUUUCCAGGUACUCAACGCGGGCCUCGAUUACUCAAAUGCCCAAUUUUACGUUUUGGCGAAUGAAUAUGUAUUGUUGAAUAGUUCCAGCAUUGAAACUGCUUGGAAUUUCGCGGUGAUCAAAGACUACGUAAUUAGGGUUGAUUCAGAUAAGCUAGUGAUUACCUUCGUCCCUUUGGGGAAAUUGAAAUUCGCAUUCGUCAAUGCCAUUGAAGUAAUUUCAGCUCCAAAAGAUUUGGUUGCGGAUGUGUCUCAGUAUGUUGGUUUUGAGAAAAAUGAACCAAUUAGUGGUAUGUUAAAAAGUGCCUUAGAAACUGUAUAUAGAGUUAACGUGGGAGGCAAGAAAGUAACCCCAUUCAACGACUCUCUGUGGAGAACUUGGCUUCCUGAUGAUGAGUAUUUCUUGAAGUCCAGUGAUGUCUCUUCAAAGGUCUACUAUGGCGGUCAUAUACAAUACCAUAUUGGAGGGGCGAGCCGAGAAGUGGGCCCCGAUAAUAUGUAUAACACAGCACGGAUCAUAAAAAGUCAAGACGGCUCUAUACCGGACGGGAACAUCUCAUGGGCAUUCCCGGUGGAUGAGGGUUACAAGUACUUGGUGCGAACACACUUUUGUGAUAUUAGUAGCCUUGCACGUGGUUUGCUGUAUUUCAAUGUCUAUGUGAACAGAUACUUGGCGUAUGAAAACAUGGAUCUCACUAUGAUCACCAAUGGUAUGCUGGCAUCACCAUUUUAUGCUGACUUUGUUGUUGAUGGGGGCAUUUCUGGUAUUCUGUCCGUUAGUGUGGGGCCAUCCAAUAUGAGUGUGACACGAGCUGUGGAUGCGAUUCUAAAUGGAGUUGAGGUUAUGAAGAUUAACAACUCGAUGGGUAGCUUUGAUGGUGAGGUGUGUGCGGGUUAUGUCUUAAGGAACUGGGGGAGAAGGAAUGGCGGUUUUAUGCUUCCGCUGUUAGCUGCUGCAGUUUUCUUGCUGGUAAUAGCAGCAAGCUUGGCUGUGAAGAGCAGUUAUAGGUUCAGAGAUUCAAUGGCUUGGUCAAGGUUACCAAUGGAGGUUCCUCAUGCCCUGUCAAAGUUCAACAGCAAUCAUUUUUCACCCAACAAAGUUUGAUGUUGUAAAGAGAAUAGACUACAGUGUGAUUGAUAUCCUUACAGUGUAAUUUGGCUGUUUUGAAGCCAAAGUAAUUGUAGGUAUGCAAUGAAACAAAUGGUUGUGUAUUUUGAUAUUUGUAUAUGGUUUCAUUUAAAUGCACUGUUUCGUGGAGGUAAAGAUCAUUUUGAUUUUCAUAACUCAAUGAAGGCUUGAAGAGAAACUCGGAAGGCAAUGCAGGUGUAUAAAUGAAUGAUUAUGGUCGAUAAAAAUAGUGUGGUCUCAUUUAGUGUGUGAAAU